AUGACACAAGAAAUUCAGCAACAGAAUCCGCCACAACAACAACUUCAACACCAACAAAAACUACAACAACAGCAACUAAAAUAUCAGAACGAACAACAGCAGCAACAACUAAAACAAUCUAAGUUAGAGGCUGAUGAGACAAUAAACAAUUUAAUUAAGAGUGUCAUACCUAGCGGUGGUUAUAGAAGGGCUGAUAGACAGUCGAAAAAAGCCAUCGAAUGGUUAUCAGCCUUAGAACGCGAUUUGGGCAUUGAAAUUACUUAUGGAGACAGAGCACGAGAAUUUAGAUUGCCAGAGGGAUGUCUAGUCGAUGGCUAUUUUGAAAAUAUAGAAGUAAGUACGAAAGUAGUUUACCAGUUCCAUGGUUGCUACUGGCAUGAGUGUCCGCAAUGUUUUAAAUUAAAUCAGGAUAAAAAGUUAGGUUUCGAUAAAAGUUCUGAAUCUCUAAAUGAUCGUUUUGAACGAACAAACGCUCAAACUGAUCGACUUCGCUCAUUAGGAUAUGAGGUAGUCGAAAAGUGGGAGUGUUCGUUUGAUAAGGAAAAAGUUGUAAAUGAUAAUUUACGCAGUUUCUUAAAAGACCACCCACUUUUAAUGACUGACGCCUUGAAUCCUCGAGAUGCAUUUUAUGGGGGUCGAGCAAGUACUACAUUUUCGUAUUAUGAGGCUAAGGGUACAGUGAAAAUAUCAUAUCCUGAUGUUUGUUCACUUUAUCCAUUUGUUUCAAAAUAUGGAAAAUUUCCCAUUGGUCAUCCCAAAGUUUACAUUGGUGAUGCCUGCAAAAGUUUAACCGGCGUAAGCUUUGAUUUAUCUGAUGUCGAGGGACUAGUCAAGUGUAGAGUAUUACCUCCUACCAAUAAGUAUUUACCUGUUCUGCCUGUCCGCGUGCAUGAUAAACUCAUGUUCCCUUUGUGUAAUACUUCCUGUAAAGAAAAAAUACAGAGCGAUUGUCCAUAUCUAAAUAACACAAAUGCGAGAGAAAUUGAAGGAACAUGGUUUUCCGACGAGAUAAAAGUUACGAUUCAAGAAGGGUAUAAAGUUACUGCCAUUUUUGAAAUUUGA